AUGCUAUGGCUGACUGUUAGAAAGUCUGCAAGAGAUGUCAACAGCCAACCAGACGAGAAUCUAGAGGGUGAACUAGUGACUGACUGGUUUAUCAUCAAGAUGACACUAAAUAAGUUAUUCAUGAUGGUUGUUAUUAACAUGGAAAGUGACCGUAUUAAAGUUGCGGUGCGGAUUCGUCCACUUCUACAGAAGGAGAUACAGAACUCCGUGUCAGUAGCCUGGAAAGUGGUACAGAAUGCAGUCGUUUGUUGUGAUCCAGAUAGUGUUGGAACAACAUACCACUUUGAUCAUGUUUUUGAUACCGACGACAGUAACUUUGAUAUUCACGAACAGAUUUCUGAACCCAUUGUUAAAGGGGCAAUGGAAGGAUUUCAUGGUACAGUUUUUACUUAUGGACAGUCGGGUUCUGGAAAAACAUACACAGUCUCUGGAAACAAGAUGCAAACUGGAAUUUUGGGACUAUCAAUGAACAAUGUUUUUCAAUACAUUGAACAGUGUCCGGAUCGAGAGUUUCUGCUGAGGAUUUCCUACCUGGAAAUCUACAAUGAAAAAAUCAUAGACCUUCUAACACCAGUUAAUGAAGAAAAAGUUCUAAAGCUCCAAGAAGAUCCAGAUCAUCAGAUUUCUGUAGUUGGCUUAACUGAGAUGCAUGUUAAACAGAUGCAUGAGGUGGUAGACAUCAUUCAGUUAGGAGACGAAAAACGUAAAUCUGCAGAGACGAAGUUGAACGAGAGGAGUUCUCGUUCCCAUUCAAUUUUCAGGAUUAUUAUUGAAAGCAGAGUAACAAAUGAUGUCGAUGCUGUAGACCCAGUACGGCUCUCUCAUCUCAAUUUUGUUGAUUUGGCGGGAUCUGAAAAAGCGGGUGAAAACUCUGGAGAUAGGUUUCGUGAAGGCUGUGCAAUCAACAAGAGCUUGUUAGUACUCAGCAAUGUCAUAAGAGUACUUAGUGAAGGAAUGAGCAAUUCUUUUGUAGGAUACCGUGACUCCAAACUGACAAGAAUUUUACAGAAUGCCUUGGGUGGAAACUCGAAGACUGUGAUUAUUUGUACGAUAUCGCCAUCAUCGGUGGAAGAAAGUCAUUCUACUCUCAGGUUUGCAAGCCAAGCGAAAACAAUCAAGAACAAGCCACACGUCAAUGAGGUUUUGUCUGACAGAGCCAUGUUAAAAAAGUAUCAGCGGGAAAUUGAGAAACUCCAGAAGAUGCUCAGUAAUAUUGGUGUGCUGGACAUGCAGUCUGAAAAAGAAGACUUGCAGAAAAAACUGAAAGCUAAGGAGGAUCUGGAGUCGCAGCAGCAAAAGUUGAUAGACCAGCUCCGUUCCAAAGUUGUGGUGUCAAGCACACUCCGAGAACUAUCUGAGGAAAACAAGUUGAUAAAGAGGCGAUAUUCAUGGGCUGGUGCCAAAGCAAUUUCCGCACAAUUGUACUCGGCAAAACCAAAGUUGGCACCACUGACAGAAUUCAAAGUCCCAUAUAUGGAUAUACCCGAGGAGAGGGAAAACAACGCAAUGAAUUCCACUUGGAACAACAUGUCAUUCAACACAGACUGCAGGGACAUGUCAGAUGUUUUCCCAUUGCUUCCAACUGAUCGCCAACUCACCAAGAAUGACUCCUUUUUUUGUUCAGCUGCCAUGAAGCAACUGGAAAUAACUUCUCGAAAUAAUCGCAGAGUUCGGUGGUCGGUUCCUGUGGAAAAUGACGAAUCUAAAUGCAAACAUACUUUGCUUUGGCUAGAGAAGGAGCUUGUGGAAACACGAAAUUUUGCCAAGUACGAAAAUAAGAUAAAAGUAGAAAAUCUUGAAAAGGAUUUGGCAGCAGCUAAGAUACAUAUUGUACAGCUGGAAAAACACCUUAGUAAGGCACUAAAUAAUGAAGAUGAUGAGAACAAUGAUUUUAUGUUGGAGUUUGAAAUUCAAGACUUGCAUGGUAAACUGGAGUCGGAAGAGUUGCGCAGCAUAAUCCUCUCUCAGGAAAAGGGUGAGCUCGAAAAGAUAAUUGAGCAGCUGAAAUCAGGUACGUGUCCUACUUUCGAGACCAAGGAACGUUCAGAAUCUGUGGAAACGGAAGAAAAUUUUACAGAUGAUUCAACACAAGUGAUUGAGAAUCUGAGAAACGAAGUGAACGACAACAACAAGUCACUGGAACAGAUGGAGGCAACACUAAUGAUGCAGCAGAAAUACUUGGAUCAAAUCACUUCCGAGCACACUGAGCAAGAAUUACUAAUUGAAACGUUACGGUGUGACCUAGAUAAGAAAGAUGAGAUGUUGAUAAAAGCCAGUGGUGAAAGUGAGGUACUGGAACAGCUGUUGAAAAAUUUGAAAAAGGUAAAAAAUGAACAAGAAGACGUCAUUGAGCAGCUGAGAGUUGGUAUUGCCCAGCAGAAUGAUGCUGAAAAAUCAAUGACCUCAAGUGAAAUACAAGAAAGCAUUAUUGAAACACUGCAGCAAGAGGUCACCCAUUUACAAGCUACAGUGGAUGGUCUGCAUGAGGUUAUCGCCAUCAAAAACCAGUCCCUAAAGCAAGUGCAGAUAGCCGAGGCAACAGACGGCAGUGUGUGUGAAAUGGAACAUACUGACUAUAAAGCUAUAAUUGUGAAGCUGCAAUCUGAUCUUGCUGAAAAAACAGCCAUGUUGACAGAAACCAAGAAUACAGCUGUGGUUAGGAAAAAGUUGGUGGAUGAUUUGAAGCAGGUACAAGCUGAGCAAGAAACAUUAACUGAGAAUUUGAAACUGGAACUUGACAAAAAGAAUGAAUUGUUGACAGAAGCUGAGAAUACCACUGUAAAUCAGGAAAAGCUGAUGGAUGACAUAAAACAGGCACAGAAUGAAAAGGCCAAACUGGAUUUUGAUGAACAAGUGAAUAUUUCAUCAGAAGCAAAGGAUACGACUUUAGCACUAGAAAAAUUAGUGGAAGAAUUAACACAGACAAAACAUACACAAGAAGAGGUAAUUGAACAGUUGAGAGCAGAUCUUGAAAAGAAAGAUGCAAUCCAGCAUGUUGAUUCAAGUGAAAGUGACAUCAAUAUGGAUACACUGAAACAGAAAAUAGAGGAGUUGAAUAAAGAAAUACGUGAAAAAGAUAGCUUGCUGGAACAAAUGCAGAACACUGUAGCCAUGCAAGAAGAUGUGGUGGAUAAGGUUACAAUGGAACAGUCAGAACUUGAAGAAUUGACAAAAAAACUCAAGUCGGAACUCGGUGAAAAGAUUAGCCUGUUGGAUGAACUACAGAAUAGUGAUCAAUGCCAGAGCAAUGUGGACGACUUGAAACAGAAAAUUGAGGAGCUGAAUAAAGAAAUGGGUGAAAAAGACCAGUUACUAGAACAAAUACAGAAUACUGUAGCCAUGCAAGAAGAUGUGGAUAAGAUCACAAUGGAACAUUCAGAACUUAAAGAAUUGACAGAAAAGCUGAAGAUAGAACUCGGUGAAAAGAGUAGACUGUUGGAUGAACUACAGAAUAGUGAUCAAUGCCAGAGCAAUGUGGACGACUUGAAACAGAAAAUAGAGGAGUUGAAUAAAGAAAUAGGUGAAAAAGACAACUUGCUGGAACAAAUGCAGAACACUGUAGCCAUGCAAGAAGAUGUGGUGGAUAAGGUUACAAUGGAACAUUCAGAACUUGAAAAGCUGGCAGAAAAGCUAAAGUUAGAACUUAAUGAAAAGAUUAAAAUGUUGGAUGAACUACAGAAUAGUGAUCAAUACCAGAGCAAUGUGGACGACUUGAAACAGAAAAUUGAGGAGUUGAAUAAAGAAAUGGGUGAAAAAGACCAGUUACUAGAACAAAUGCAGAAUACUGUAGCCAUGCAAGAAGAUGUAGAUAAGAUCAGAAUAGAACAUUCAGAACUUAAAGAAUUGACAGAAAAGCUGAAGAUAGAACUUAGUGAAAAGACUAAAAUGUUGGAUGAACUACAGAAUAGUGAUCAGUGCCAGAGCGGUGUGGACGACUUGAAACAGAAAAUAGAGGAGUUGAAUAAAGAAAUGGGUGAAAAAGACAACUUGCUGGAACAAAUGCAGAACACUGUUGCGAUGCAAGAAGAUGUGGUGGAUAAGGUUACAAUGGAACAUUCAGAACUUGAAGAAUUGACAAAAAUGCUCAAGUCAGAACUUGGUGAAAAGACUAAAAUGUUGGAUGAACUACAGAAUAGUGAUCAAUGCCAGAGCAAUGUGGACGACUUGAAACAGAAAAUAGAGGAGUUGAAUAAAGAAAUAGGUGAAAAAGACCAGUUACUAGAACAAAUGCAGAAUACUGUAGCCAUGCAAGAAGAUGUAGAUAAGAUCACAAUGAAACAUUCAGAACUUGAAGAAUUGACAGAAAAGCUGAAGACAGAACUCUGUGAAAAGACUAAAAUGUUGGAUGAACUGCAGAAUAGUGAUCAGUGCCAGAGCGGUGUGGACGACUUGAAACAGAAAAUUAAGGAGCUGAAUAAUGCAAUGGGUGAAAAAGACAAGUUACUAGAAGAAAUGCAGCACACUGUAGCCAUGCAGGAAGAUGUAGUAGAUAAGGUCACAAUGGAGCAUUCAGAACUUGAAGAAUUGACAGAAAAGCUGAAGUCAGAACUUGGUGAAAAGAUUAAAAUGUUAGAUGAACUACAGAAUAGCGAUCAAUGCCAGAGCAAUGUGGAUGACUUGAAACGGAAAAUUGAGCUGAAUAAUGAAAUAGGUGAAAAAGACAAGUUACUAGAAGAAAUGCAGCACACUGUAGCUAUGCAAGAAGAUGUGGUAGAUAAGAUCACAAUGGAACAUUCAGAACUUGAAGAAUUGACAGAAAAGCUGAAGUCAGAACUUGGUGAAAAGAUUAAAAUGUUGGAUGAACUACAGAAUGACGAUCAGUGCAAGAGCAGUGUGGACGACUUGAAACGGGAACAUUCAGAACUUGAAGAAUUGACAGAAAAGCUCAAAUCAGAACUUAGUGAAAAGACUAAAAUGUUGGAUGAACUACAGAAUAGUGAUCAGUGCCAGAGCAAUGUGGACAACUUGAAACAGAAAAUAGAUGAGCUGAAUAAUGCAAUGGGUGAAAAAGACAAGUUGGUAGAUCAAAUGCAGCACACUGUAGCCAUGCAAGAAGAUGUGGUAGAUAAGAUCACAAUGGAACAUUCAGAACUUGAAGAAUUGACAGAAAAGCUCAAGAUAGAACUAAGUGAAAAGACUAAAAUGUUGGAUGAACUACAGAAUAGUGAUCAAUGCCAGAGCAAUGUGGACGACUUGAAACAGAAAAUUACUGACUUAGAACUCAAAUUAGAGGAGAUGCAAAAGGAAUUGGGUGAGAAAGACAUGUUAAUGGAACAAAUGCAGAAGUCAGUAGCCACACAAGAAGAGCAGAUCACAAUGGAAAAAACCGAAUUGGGUUCUUUGAUUGAGAAACUGCGGUCCGAAGUUGCCGACAAGGAUGUAUUAUUGUCAACAGCAGAGAACAGAGUACUGGAACAGGAAAAUCUGGUGACCGAUUUGAAACAGGAACUAUGUGAGCUGCAGUGUGUGGUAGAGGAGCUGAGGAUGGAAGUGGCUACACAUGAACGGAUGGUUGCACAGAUGCAGACCACUGUCAGCAUGCAGGAUGACUUGUUCGAUAAGUUCACAGCGGGUCAGGCUGAACUGGAGGCACUGACAGAACAGCUGAAAUCAGAGCUGGCUGUGAAGGACGACAUGCUUUCCAAGAUGCAGAAUGCUGGAGAAGAUCACGAUGUUUACAAGGAGGAGAUAGAUGUUUUGAAAACAAGAAUUGAAAAACUAAAUGCUCAGAUUGAAGAAAAAACCCAAACCGUGAAUCAAAUGCAGACAACCGUGACCAUGCAAGAGGAUUUAGUGGAUAAACUUACAAUGGAGAAUGGUGAACUGAAAGCUUUAAUUGAGAAAUUAAAAUCCAACUUGGCUGAAAAAACUGAGCUGCUGGCACAAGCUAACGAAUUAGCUGAUGACAAUAAUGAACUGAAAGCUGCAGUUGAGAAAUUAAAAGCUGAAGUAGCUGAGAAAGUGGCUGAUGUACAUGAGAAUGGUGAAGUGAAAACUUUAAUUGAGAAAUUAAAAUCUGAAUUGGCUGAAAAAAGUGAAUUGCUGGCACAGGCUGACAAAGUAGCUGAUGAGAAUGGUGAUGUGAAAACUUUAAUUGAGAAAUUAAAAGCCGAAUUGGCUGAAAAAACUGAGUUGCUGGCACAGGCUGACAAAAUAGCUGAUGAGAAUGGUGAAUUGAAAGCUAUAAUUGAGAAAUUAAAAUCUGAAUCCACUGAACAAAAUGAGUUGCUGGCACAAGCUGACAAAGUAGCUAAUGAACCACGAGCAAAACAACUGACAGACGGACAGUCGCUGGAUGAACUGAGAAAGGUGGAAGUCAUUGUGGAAAGAAUAAUGUCAAUUGGUAAUCAAAGUGAUUGGCCACCAAUAGAACAGGAAACUGCUCCUCUUCACAAAAAGAUGGAGAAUGUGGAAAGAAGAUUCAUGAUAGAUUAUGCAAUGCGAAUAAGAAACAUCCGACGGAUGGAACAAGAGAGGGAAGAGGCCCAGUCAAGAGGGGAAACCUUGAAGGAUAUGAUGCUGAAGUGUUUUGAAUAUGAACAAAAGGAAGAGAGCUGGAAAUCGGAAGAUGCCAGAAAAGAAGAACUCAUCACUCAGCUGGAAAACGAGAAGAAGAACAUGAACCUCGAAGUGCAUCGCGUGAAGCAUGAGUUGAGGUCUAAAGAAAAGGAAUUCGAAGAAACCAUUUCAGGGAAAGAUACGACAGUGGCCUACAAAGAUACAGUGAUAACUCGUCUGAAAGCUCAGCUCAGACGCAUAGAACACACCUGUGACAGAACCUUUUGUCAGACUGAUGAAGGACAAAAAGUUGAGAGUUCGCAGUCGCUUUCUGACACUGAUGGACCGAAAUCGUUCAUGAGCCGCAGCGGCACGGUGGACUAUUUUUCUGUGUGCAUGCUGGAAAGCGAGAAGAAAAGACUGGAGAAGCAGAUGGCGCGGUUAGAAGACGAGAACAAAUCUCUGAGACAUCAACUGCGCAGUGUUACAAGAAUGAACAAGGAGAACAUAUCCUUGCCACCUCCAUCUCCAGAAAAACAUCAAGCAUGUGCUGACGACUCUGUGGUUUUUAGUCUCGACAACAUUUGGAAGAAAAGAUCCCCCAUCUCGAGAACAGAACCUCACUUCAAAAUCCCCGAAGUGUCAAAAAACCCCACCGAUGAGUCUGAAUCCACCGACGUGAACACUUGUAAAACUCAGUAAUCUCCGCAUGUUUCUGUGAGCAUCACAGCAGAGUCAGAAACCAACAUCAUGUAUUCAAUUCUGGAGAGAAAUAAACCUACAUAUUUAUUUAAACAUCUUGCAAGGACAAAGGUUUAGAUUUAACCUUAACAUAUUUGCAGACAAAAAUGUAGGGUGGUGGGAGAAAUGAGGAAGUUGGUGGAUUGUCAUUUUGAAGUUACGGAUGUACAAUGUAUUAUAACAAUAUUAUCCUGUGCUGUAGUCUCAUGAACUAGUAGGAAUUCCAGUAAACAGGUACCAGUUCAGCUGACUGGACAUUUUCCCCAUUUGUCUGCACCCCUGUGUAAUAGUGUCAGAGCCUCGUGGGAUAUAUUGACAUCUGAGCAGCCUUGUAAUAUACUAUGACUGUUAAGAAGCCUGGUGAUAUAUAUAUGGACAACUAAGGAGUCCAGCAAUAUGGGUUGCAGUUAGGAUCCUGGUGAUGCAUAUCAACUAAAGAACUUAGUGAUAUUCAUUGACUGAUUGUUGAUUUACGUCAAGGAGCCUAUUGAUAUUUAGUAACCAGGGAGUCUUGUGAUACAUAUAUGUUGACAACUGUUAAGGAGCCUAGUGAUAGUUAUUAACUAAGGAGCCUAGUGAUAGUUAUUAACUAAGGAGCCUAGUGAUGUUUAUUAACUAAGGAGCCUAGUGGUAUUUAUUAACUAAGGAGCCUAGUGGUAUUUAUUGACUAAGGAACCUAGAGAUAUAUGUUGACAGUUGAGGAGUAGUGAUAUGUCAGUUAAGGAUCCUAAAUUGAACAGAGGAUAAUAAAUGAGUUACCAGUUAUCAUCAAAUUUAUGUCCCAAGUGAAAAUUAUUUCACUUGGGACAUAAAUUUGAUAAUAACUUGUAACUCAUUUGUUAUUCUAUUUUAUUACCCCAGCUAUUUGGGAGUUUGAAAAACCUUUAUUUUCAAUAUAGCCUACAUUGGCUACAUGUCCAUGUACAUAGAAUCGAUAUAAACUACUUUACUCUUCUGGGUAUUGCUUUAACUUUGUAUUUUAUUCACGGUUCACAGAUAAUUUUUUCAAGUCCAAACAACAUUGUUAACAUCUACAAUAAAUUAAUCUCCUACCUGUUAGAUUCUCUCUCUCUCUCUCUCUCUCUCUCUCUCUCUCUCUCUCUCUCUCUCUCUCUCUCUCUCUCUCCCCCCCCCCCCCCCCCCCCCCCCCUUUUAUCCAGGCGAACAUCGUGACAAAAACAUUACAUUGACAUAGAUUCCACAUUCAAGGUUGUAACAUAGAUUCCACAUUCAAGGUUGUAACAUCCGAUGACAAAAAACAUGUAAUAUUUUGCUGUCUACCAUUUUACUUUUUUUUAAAUACUCUUCAAGAGUGGUGGAAGACUCCGAAGUAUGUGACGUAAUUAAUAUGACGUCACCACAAUUGCUUUAUACUAUAAUGCAUGUCAUAUCUUUGUUAGAUUAUGUCACAUCCUUCCACCCUCUUGGACAGAAUUCGAUAAAAUAUUUUUUUUUUUUUAAAAUGGCACCCUACAUGCUUUUUGUCCUAGAUUUCAGCAAAGCCAAUAUUAGUGACAUGUGGAAUCUUGUGUCAUUGCAAUGAAUUUUUUCAUAAUUUCUGUACAGACAAAUCUCAAGGUAGCAGAGUAAUUGAUCGUGGUUGUUAACAAUGUGGUUCAGACUUUAGGUAUAUAUGUUGACAGUAACUAUUAAUGACCUAGUAAUGUGUGUACAGAGGUGAGGAAUCUACUGAUAUAUGUCACAGUUAUUGAUAUGUAUUAACUGAGGAGCCUAGUGAUAUGUAUGUUGACAUUAGUGUUUGCCUCUGUUACAGUUUUCAGUGUCUUGUCAGGCCUAUUUUGACAAUCUAUUUACGAAAUUAUCGUAUCAUGAAAAAAUAUAUCAACAUA